CAUGCAGUGUGACUGCAUGUGUCUACAUUUCUUAUAGGGUUAGGUGCAAGUUUUAUGCACUGUUUUGAAAUUCUGCGUGCUAUUUGGGGUUAAAAAAGUGCCAUAUUUGGAAUUUUUUCUUGUUCUUGAUCAGUGUGAGAAGCGAUUAGUUUGAUGUGUUUGUUUGUACUGUACGUAAAGUACAGAUAAGGCACAGAUUUUGGACAUUAUUAUUUUUGUCAAAUGGUGCAUCUUUUCCUAACACCCCCCGCCCCCCAAAAAAAAAAAACAGGCUAGUUGGAUCUUUGUACACUUAUGUGUUGGAAUUGCACAUAAUAACUAAGAUUAUACAUUUUAUUUUUGGACUUGAAAAACAUGUAUUUUUAAUGGACGAAUUAUCAUUAAAUUGAUGAAAACCAAACAUUGUUCUGUGCAUGUAUAUAGUUGAUUUAAUAAUUUUAUUUCCGGUAUCGGGUGUCUGUUUGUCAACAAAUCUAAUGAGACAACAAAGUACAAGGUCUUGGAAACUUAAUGAGUUUAGAGAUGCACUCUUUAGUGGUCAGCCACAGUUCAGAGAGGGAUGAAGUAGGAAGCACUAACACCGGGGAUGGGUGUGGCUAGAGGAAAGCUAUGGGAACUCCUGGAUGGAACUCCACUACUGCACAUUGUGUCCGUUUGAGGAGAUACAGUAACUAGGAAAGUCAGAACAGAGGGGGCCAUAUUGAGGGCCUGCUAAUCUUGUCUGCAUAAUAUUAUCUUGUCUGACAGAUCAGAUUAAGUUUCGUAAAACUGUCGGGGGUAGAUUCUUUGGUGGGGGUGGGAACAACCUGCUUUUCGUUUUAAGAUUACAAGGACGUUGACGGGGCACCACCAUGAGAGCUUUGUUGUCCUGUUUGUUGGUCCUGCUUUGCGUGGUCUUGCUCACAUCAAACGGCAUGGCUCUCCAAUGUUACACGUGUAUGGGCUCAAAUAAUGAAGACUGCAACCGCCAAGGCUCCAGAACAUGUCCCAGCUACUCUGAUGCCUGUGCCGUGGUGGUGGGCCAAAACAGUGGGGUGAUGAAGUCCUGCUCCUACAAGUCCUUCUGCAGACAAGCUAACAGUCAGAGCUAUAGAGUUCACUGCUGCUACAGCAGCGACUGCAAUUUCACAAACGCCGCCGACCGGCUGCACCCGCUCAGCUAUUUCUUGUUGAUUUUAACUUGGUUGUCCCGCUGCUUUUUCUGGUAGACCUUGAAAACAAUGACUUUAGCAAGUAUUUCGACUGUGGUUGCAGCUAAAAUAUACUCUUCAGCAUACUUACUGUACUACCAUUAAAAUGCCAUUGACAGAUAUAUUUACAACAUGUGUUGUUGGGAAGAGUUUGUUUGAAGUGUGCCGGGUUGGAUUAUGCACACCACAUAAGAUUAAAGCCAUUAAGAAGAUCUCACGUGGCUCUGGCGUGUGCCUUUUCUUAAGCCGAUAAGAUAAGAAGGGAAGUGCUGAAAUAUCAUGUAACAAACAUUUACCUGGUGUUCGCACGGGAAUUGAAGCGGACAGCGAGAGCGUUCGGCAUGUUUCACAGGCGUUGAUAAAAAUGAAAUAAUUAGUACAAGUUGGUUGGUGUGCCAUCACAUCAUCGACUCACGGUCGUUUAAUGAGCUAUUUCGGAAUGUGGAGAGAUAGUCAUUAGCACAAACUGCAAAUCCACAUAAGCCUUUAACCUGUAACCAGGAGUGUCGCACGCAUGAGGCUUUUACAGUCAGUGAGAGCCAUAAAUGCUGUACAUACACAAAACUGGGUACUGUAUGUGCAUCCACUGCCUUCGCCAGCAGUGUUUGUUGAAACACUACAAACACAAAGCUACACUUAAAUACUGAAAGCACAACUGUUUGUCAAUCAAUAAAGCAGAUGCAAGUAGUCUCUCUCUCGACCUAUGUAUAUUCUACAAAACAGAAUUUAUAGUGGAUCAGUGCUGCCGGAUGAUUGUAGAAUUGUACGGCAUUAAUUCAAUGCCCAGUAAAUGCUGUGUUCAUGUUUGUAAUGUCUUCAUGAAUAAACGACAUAUUUA